AUGAGCCGUCUUUUUGCCUUCUGCACAGCCCUGACCGGCAGCGUUCAGGAUCUAAGCUUGCUGCGCUGUGACACUGAGCGCAUUUUCGUCCUGGUCGCAACAGCCCAUACCCCAAUAGGAGGGGCAACGGAUUUAUUCUUUUAUGAAAUACGACUGUCCGUGCUAUCCAAUGCACCGCACGCUUACUUGGACAGCUGCCGCAGUUUGCGACCUGACGUCAUUCGUCUGACGCAUCUACGCUUUGGGCGGCCUAUGACCAGCGUUUGUCUUUGGCCUCCUUGGAGCAAGGAAGCUACGACAGCCCCUAUCGCGUUUGCUGCGGAAUCCAGAGUGCAUCAACUACAUUCAUUUCAGUUGCCUGAAGAAUACGUAUACAAACCUUUGCCAGUCCCUGCUUCCACGUCAUCACGUGUGGGCUUCAUGGGACAUUCCCGUCACCUGGCCGGUAGCUCCAUAUCUUUCCAUACAUCUGUAGCAGCAUCGUCUGGGCUGCCAACCAGCACAUAUACAGAACAAUCCGGCUCGCUCCAGUACCAAUCCCAACCGCAAGUCAUCACACAUCGUAGACCAAGCCGACGAGCUCGAGCUGUGACCGGGGUGACAUUACGACUGACACCCUCAGCCACUGCAUCCAUCAGCGUACCAGAUGCGCAAGACAGCACUGAGGAUACCGCUCAAACUUCCCAACGGUCCUCCAUCUUGAAUCCGCUGAAAAGCUAUCCUCUGCUUCGGGGAAGUCAGUGCAUACGCCUGACCAGAAUACCUGGUACCGACUUAUUGUUGGUGUGUUAUGGUGAUGGAGUGGUGGAAUUCAUAGCCAUAACGGAAGAUCAAUUGAGUGUGAAGAAAAGUGUCCAGCUACAUGAGAACGAUCAAGUGGGCGCUGUGGGGGUUGAGUUUUGUGGCAACUUCAAUUCAUUGAUCUCCUGUGGAUUUGACGGUCUAUUGAUGCGGACAGAGAUAGAUAUGGAUUUCACUGACCAUCCUGAAUGGAAACUUUCUCUGCCAGCUGCUCUGCUUGAGACGGCUGAAACGGAAAGUAAAGAACUCAAGAAGUUGCCCACACACUUGGUAAACUGUGUAAAUACUGGACAGAAGCGUACGAAUGAUCAGCCAAUCAGUGCCCGUCAAGAUGGUCAGCACAAUAGCAACCGGCCUCUCUUCUUCCGUUCUAGUACCGCCAUGACUGUGGCCGAUCACUCUAUUGGACUGCACGAUUCCAGUGAAUCAGAUAGCGAGGCGUUGGAGGUAACGCCUAUUUUGAGCGAGCCGAACCGAGCAACGUGGGUUGAAGAUUGUGUAAAAGAAGCCCGGGCUCUAGAACAUCAGGUAUAUGAGGAAGCACAGGAACAGUUGAGAUCGGAAUUAGCCGAUAUUCAAAAUAUGAUUAACACAAUGGCGGCCGAGAACGAAAAACUGCCCGAAGUUCAACGCAUUAGCCGGCAAGAGUUUGAACUGGAUGUGGAAGAACAGGCAGCAAUUUUGGAAGAAACGGAGAACGCAGUGAGACAGGUAGGGAGACUGAGAGAAUGUUACACUUCGAGUUUUCCACCAUUUCAUUUGGACAUCGAACUGGUGAGCUCAAGGCCGUGUUUUCGCUUCAUGCGCACUGGCUCCGCUGAUUAUUUUUGUAACAUAGUGUGGUGGGAGUAA